GAGGAUCUGAACCGCGUUCACGUGACGGCGGUUGUAAAUGUAAACAAAAAUCAAACGAUGUAGUCACACUGAAACGGAAUAACAUGUCAAACAUAAAAUGGGGGACAAACUACGCGUAAACCCGGAUUGGAUGUCACAUUUACCCGAUGAGCUUCUUGACGUAUCGCUGUGGAACUUGGCCAUUCCCGGGAGCCAUGACAGCAUGUCUUUCUGUCUGGACUUGUCCUCUCCUGUCGUGAAGUCAGAGUCGUGGCUCCUCAAAGUGGUCGACAGACUUGCUCCCUGUUGGACGAGGCCUUGCGUAUUCCGCUGGGCCACCACGGAGCAAGCUGUACUCAGUCAUCAGUGUGACCUUGGCAUUCGCUUCUUGGACCUGCGGAUUGCCAGGAAGUCAACAGAGUGCAUCAAGUUAUUCUUUGCCCAUGGUAUCUACACGUGGAUUACUGUCAAGCAGGAGGCACUGGAAGAACUGGCUACCUGGCUGGAUGCACAUCCUAAAGAGAUUGUUAUCAUUUGCUGCUCACAUUUCAGUAGUCUGACUCUCAGUGACCACAUACAACUUGUAGAUUACAUCGUAUCACUGUUUGGACCAAAGCUCUGUUCUUCACAGGAUUGUCCCACCUUGCGAUCCUGUUGGUCCAAACAUCAACAGAUCAUUGUUUCCUAUGGCAACCAGGAGAUGGUCCAGCAUCAUCCUGAACUGUGGACUGAAAUACCUUACUGGUAUGCUGACAGCACUGAUCCAAAAAAGGUGAUUGCAUACUUGGAAGCUCAGAAGCGCAAAGGAAGACCAACUGGUUUUUACAUCUGUGGCCUGAACCUGACUGAAAACAUUCCGUUUGUCUUCCUCCAUCCCUUCCAAAACAUGAGGAAGAUUACCACAAAGGCCCUCGCUGUGCUGCUGGGCUGGGUGGGAGAACAACGACCAGGACCUGAGGUGGGUAACAUCAACAUCAUCUGCUGCGACUUUGUGGGCGUCUCUGACUUCUGUGAUUGUGUAAUCGGCCUCAACUACAAAGGCCGGUGAUGAAUGAGACCAAAAACAACCACUAGACAAUCAGCACUUUGAUCGAUGUAAUGCUAUUUAAUCACACACAAGUUUGAAUGUGCAGGAUAGACAAUGGGGGUUGAAUGUAUUAGGAAGUAUAUUAAUACCAGAAAUCCCUCAGACACAUACACUCCUCCACCUAUAUUUUUAGAGUUUUGUAAAUUUGCUGGGUUUUCGUUGCUGGAAGUUAGAAAGUAUACAGAAUUAUGUAUUGUUAUUGUGAAGUAUUUGGAAGGCAGAACUCCCCGAGACACACACACACUCCACUUUUUAUGUUUUUAGUGCCAACACAUUUUUAAACUGUGUGGACAUUCAUUCAUUCAUCUUCCGUUCCUCUGUGUGGACAUAUGAGGGGAAAUCCCCUAAGUCGCACUAGACUCUGGAGUUGAAUAAUGGAUGCUGAUAACACCAAAUGAAUUGCAUUUCUGGUUAAUAGACAUGAUUAAGAUUAUUACUCAUUUGUUGUUCAUUUUAUAUUCUAGAACAUGGAAAACCCGAUUUGUACAAUCAACUGCAUAAUAAAUGUUAAAGUUCC